AUGCUCGGUGUACUUUGCGCUCGCCCCAAGCCUUGGCUCCACACCACACUCUCGUUAUCCCACACCCACGGCUCCUCCCCGGCGGCCCACAUCCAGAAUCGCUUCUCCUUCGUCAGCCCUGUUUUGAGAUCCGUUGUGAUUACUUACCCCAACAACAACGCCGAUCAUCACCGGCGGCUCCACUCCAGUUCCUGCCGCCUCGGCGUCUGCGGCGGCUUCGCUGCUUCCGUUUGGCACGCGAUUCUCCCCGCCGGAGAUGCGGAUGGUUAUGAUGGAGGUUUGGAUCCCUGCCGCCGCCCCAGGAGGACCCUGGUGUUCCACCACCAUGAUGAAUUGAUGAAUAAAGGUGAAGGGUCUUGGAAUGUGGCUUGGGAUGCUCGCCCUGCUCGCUGGCUCCAUAAUCCUGAUUCCGCUUGGCUUCUCUUCGGCGUUUGCGCUUGCUUGGCCGCUCCGCCAAUUCCGGAUUUCGCUGACCUUGUCACCUUAUCGGAGGUUGGUGGUCCAGUGGAGCAGGAACUAGAGGAAAUUCGAGCUGAAAAUGAUGCAAUUAUUACGGAUGCUGAGGAUGAAAACUCUGAUUCCUUCAAAGUGACAGGUGUGCCAGCUGACGGGAGGUGCUUGUUCAGAGCAAUAGCCCACGUGGCAUGCUUGAGGAAAGGAGAAGAUGUUCCUGAUGAGAACCGUCAAAGAGAACUCGCUGAUGAAUUAAGAGCUCUUGUUGUGGAGGAGCUGUUAAAGAGGCGAAAAGAAGCUGAAUGGUUUAUCGAAGGUGAUUUUGAUGCUUAUGUCGAAAGAAUUGAGAAGCCUUAUGUAUGGGGUGGAGAACCAGAGCUUCUGAUGGCUUCUCAUGUUCUUACGACUCCUAUUUCUGUAUUCAUGCUUGAUAGAAGCUCUGGUAGUUUGAAAAAUAUAGCAAACUAUGGUGAAGAGUAUAAGAAGGAUGAAGAUUAUCCGAUCAAUGUUCUGUUCCAUGGAUAUGGACACUACGACAUACUGGACGUUGCCCCUGAAGCUUACCAAAAAGUGGAAGCAUAG